AGCUGCUCCAGCUCUCCAAGCUCGUUAACUCUGGGCGUGCCAGUCUGAGCCCAACGGGGUCCCCGAGUGGCGUUUGGUUCAUCUCUCCCUGCUCCAGUGUCCUGUUACAGGGUCUUGGCACCUCCUGUCGUCUGACCCAGACGACUCCCACGGGGCCACGGCCCAGGCGCGGCAGAAUGCUGGAGUCACCAGUGACAUCCUGUCAGUUUCACGGCAUCGGUGCAAGGUCCAAGGUCCCAUUACAACGAGCGGCAGGUGGGCGCAGGAGUGAGCCCUCUGCAAAGACACGACUCGGCAGUUCCGACCGCGCGACAGCCGGUUGGGUACAAAUAUCCUGCUUGGGCGGCGACGUCCAUCUGCAUCCCGCAUCAACAACAUGUCCGCCAUCGAACACGAGCACAAGGGCUCCAUCGACCACAUUGACGAGAAGCACCAUGGCUUGCCUCAAAAUCUCGAGAGCCUCGCAGAGCGCGGGCACACGGUGACCGACGAGCACGGCAAUGUUCUCGUCAAGUUCGACCCGGUUGCAGAAAAGCGCCUUGUCCGCAAAAUCGACCUCUUCGUCGUCCCAACCGUCGCUAUGAUUUACCUGUGGUGCUUCAUCGACCGUGCGAACAUCGGCAACGCAAAAAUUGCUGGAAUGGAGAAGGACCUGGGCCUCAAGGGAUUCCAGUACAACAUCUUGCUUACAUCGUUCUACGUGAGCUACAUCGUCUUCGAAAUUCCGAGCAAUAUCGCGUGCAAGUGGAUUGGGCCCGGCAAGUUCCUGCCCGCAAUUACGGUCGGCUUUGGUCUCAUGUCCAUGGCAACGGCGUUUGUGCACUCGUUUGGCGCGGCAGUCUCCGUGCGCUUCCUCCUCGGUGUCUUUGAGGCAGGCGUUCUCCCCGGCAUCGCAUACUACCUCUCGCGCUGGUACCGGAAGAGCGAGCUGAUUUUCCGUCUUGCGCUGUACCUCUGCACUGCGCCCCUGGCCGGUGCGUUCGGUGGUCUUCUCGCGGGCGCGAUUCUCUCUCUGCCCGGCAUCGGCAGCGUGAAGGGUUGGCAGCAGCUCUUCCUCGUUGAGGGCAUCAUCACCAUGGGCGUCGGCGUCAUCUCGUACUUUACCAUGACGGACCACCCGAAUACGGCACGCUGGCUCAGCAAGGAGGAGAAGGCGCUUGCGAUUGCCCGUGUCAAGUCUGAGAACGUCGGCACCACCGAGGUCACGGACAAGCUCGACAAGAAGAAGCUCAUUGCCGGCAUCGUCAACCCCAACACGAUCGCGACAUCGUGGAUCUUCCUAUUCGUCAACAUCACCGUCCAAGGCAUUGCGUUCUUCACCCCCACAAUUGUUGCCACCAUCUACCCCAAAGAGACGCUUGUGCGCAAGCAGCUCUGGACGGUGCCGCCAUACGUUGUUGGUGUCGUCGUCAACCUCAUUAUUCCGUUUGCGUCGUGGAAGACCAACAGGCGACUCGUGUACUUCAUCUCGUCGGCCUGCCUCGCCAUCUCGGGCUACAUCAUCUUCCUUGCCACCACCAACCCCCGCGCGCGCUACGGCGCCGUCUUCCUGGCCAUCAGCGGCGCGUUCCCCUUCGGCGCCCUCUGCAACGCCCAGGUCGCUGUCAACGUUCUUUCCGACUCGGCGCGUUCGACGGCCAUCGGGUGGAACGUCAUGGUCGGCAACAUCGGCGGCCUCAUCUCCACCUGGUCAUACCUCCCCCACGACGGCCCCGACUUCCACAUCGGCAACGGCCUCAACCUCGCGGGCAACUGCAUCAUCCUCAUCACCUCCAUCCUCCUCCUCCUCUACCUUGGCGUUGACAACAAGAAGCGUUCCGCGCUCACCGACGCCGAGAUCGACGAGAAGCUUGCGGGCAAGACCCAGAUCGAGAUCCAGGAGAUGGACUGGAAGCACCCCGCAUGGCGUUGGCACCUCUAAAUGGGCGUGCACAUACGCUCUUGUUCGUUUACGUUGAUAAUCUUGUCUGGGAGUGUUGUUGGGCUAGAGCUGGGCGGAUUGUUAGGAAGGUUGUCAUAGUUAGGAAGGAUUAUGGCAUGUUACAUACUGGUCUCCCGUGUACAUGUCAUCCGUGAU